CCACCACCUCCUCAUCUCCAUCGUUUGCUAUCGCCUUUACUAAGUUGUUCAGGAAUGUUUUUCAAGAAGACUGCCGAUGAUUCUGAUCCAUAUACUACUCUAACUCCUCGUAGCCCGCGUCCAAGACGCGCCUCUAACCAGUUCAGCACGGCCGGAUCUUCAUCUUCAAGUUUUCUACAGCCUCCCACACAAUUCCAAUCUCGAAAUCGCUCAACAUCGUUACCAAGUAUUGACCCGACAGGAAGAGGACCGCGUGCAUACGGCGGUGGACGUGGUGGCCCCAGCUCUCGCAUUCCUCAGCCUUCAGGGCAAGCAUGUCAACGAACUGUGUCUCCUUCGCGCCUACCGCGGCCUCAGUCUCGACAAUAUCCCACUGUACUUCAACCACAAAAUAGGACGCCGCAUAAUUCGUCGCCCCCAGUCUCAAUCCCAACUUCAAUAUCGACCUCAUAUUGCGAGCAGCUCAAAACCAAGCCACGAAAUCUGGUCAAGCCCAGCCCUACCCUUGUGAUGAACUAUCUCCACGAUGUAUUGGGCCGUGAUAUCGUGAAUGUGACCUGGCAUCUCGAAAUGGACGAUUUGCUCGCCUUGCACGAGCGAGAACUGAUGGAGCGGCGAAACGGAAGAGGGUCACGGCAGAGCUCUUUGGAUAUGUCAAUGAAUAUCUUUGGAGUUCCGCUUCGCCAGGUGUCUAUGUAUGCGUCUACAGCAGCCAUCCUAGGUGGUCUUGAGCAUGAACUGCCAAUCGUUGUAUAUUCCUGUGUGGAGGAGCUCUACCGUGGCAUCAAGUCUCAACCGAUUGUUGCAGGUUCUUCGUCUGCUCGUGUUGCGCACCUCGUCGAAACCUUUGACUCUCCGCCUCAUUUCGGCUGCACGACGUCUCUUUUCAAGGAGUCCGAAGGCGAUGUCUAUGCUCUCUUGACAACCUUCCUCUCGCGCCUACCUGAGCCUGUGAUAUACCCUGAGGGCAUCAUGCACACCCUUCGUCAGUUCUGUACCGGGACGCACCAUACACAGUUUCAAGACCUUCGACUGAGGACAGUACAAUUAUUACUUCGCCUAUUGCCAUCUGCCAAUCUCUCUCUGUUCAUCUAUCUACUGGCUUUCUUAAGCCAGGUUGUUCAGGAGCAGCCUGGAGUAGAUGAAAAUAUCGCAAACGCCUUCGGAGACUGGAUCUUUGGAACUGAAGCUGGAACGCCCAUGAUGAUCUGGUUCCUCAAGAACUGGGGAGCUGUUGUGAAGGGACUAUUCGAGCUGCCCUUCGAUAUAGGAAUGCCUUUAGCUGGCCAAGAACGCAGGUCUUAUCCGAGACUUCAAGUCGAAUCACCUGUUCCUGUUCGAUUGGGAGAUAUGUCUGCCCUGAACGUUCCUGCCGAUACACCUGAGUCUUCGCCAUCCGAUACGUCUCCUUUUAGACCAGGAGAACAAGCAUCGGCCGGGAUCGAUGAACAUAUUAGUCCUCGUCGGCUUACCGAGUCUCCAGUAGGCGAUAGUGCUCUUGAUGACGAUGAUGCGUCGGAACAUGGUAGCUUGUGUCCCAGUACGGUUUCCGCCUUGGAGGAGCGUUUACUCGAUGUGACACUGCCCGCAUCUCCAGUCGUCGCAAGAUCAUCCUCUCCACCCCUUUUACGUGUCAUUAAUUCCGGCUCCUCGAACUCGACUUCGACUUCAGGUUCUACCUCACCAAUAACCGACUUCGACCAUACUUUUCAGGCUAUACUGAACUAUGCUCCUCGUUCAGACCAUCUAUUGGAGUUGGAGAAGAAAUUGAAGAUUUCCGAUGCAGCAAAGGUCGUGCCUAAGAAUAUGACUUCAAAGAAUGAAACGGGAAGUGUCGCCAGUCGUGCAGCAAAAAUUCUGGUGGUGGAUGGCUGUCAACCGAAUUGUGUGUUGCGUGAGAGGGUGAGGACGUUGGAAGAGAGCCUGGUGAUUACUUUGCGAGAAAGAGAUGAAGCUAGGGAGUUGGUUGAAGACAUCCGGAGAGUUAUGAUGGUCAAUCAUGCAGAUUCUUGAAAACAUCCAGCGCGGAACAAAUUCUGUCGUCGACAUCACUAUACCUUACUCUCUCUGUUUUGUUGAUAAUCAUACUAGAUCGUUA